CAACCAACGACCACUAUAGUUAGCACCACAGCAUCUAGCGUCCCGCUUUGACAGCACCCCCCGUCGCCUGCCACCGGACCGCGACGAACGGAACAUGCUCGACGUUCCAUCCCAUCCACCGGCAUCAUCACAGCUGCAGCAUGGACGACGACGCGGACGGCUGGGGCUCGCCGUGGGCGGAUGAUACCACGACCACGACCACGACUGCUGCCACCACUUCCACCACAACCACUGCCGCUGCCCCCACGAUUACUGUUACGAAGAAACACGACGACUCCACGGCCGCGAAAUCGAAGGAUCCGUGGGCGGACAGCUUUGGCGAGACGUCGGCCUGGGCGACGACUACGACUACUACUUCUACCGAGCCGCUUUCGGAUUGGGCGGUUGCGAAUACCGCCGACGAUGAUGGGCCUGGGCUGUGGGCCGCGGCGGGAGUGAAGGGGUUCUCGCCCGGCCCCGGGAACGGGUAUGAGCAGUGGGGGGCCGGCUCGGAGUGGGGUGCUGCUAGCUCUAUACAUGAGGGCUCUACACACGGGGAAGAUGAGGAGGUGCCGGUUCCCGUGGAAACUCCACAGCUUGACCUAGAGCUGCAGAAGCCGGUGCCACCGACUAUCGAGGAGGUCGAGUGGAGCGCGGCGAGUGAUGUGCUUGAUGAUGUGGCGGAGAGGGCGGAAAGUUCAAAGAUUGAGCCUGAUGUGGAGACGGCGACAUCGCCGGUGCUGGAGAAGGUGGAGAUGGAUGGGUCGUCGUUCGAUCAGACGCAAGAGGUGGGGUUGGAUAUACAUGUGGGGGGAGCUGUUGAUGGCGGAGUGGAGAAGGUGACAGAGGUAAAGGAGGCUGAUGUAGAAGAAGCUGAGGUGGAAGAAGCAGAAGAGGGGGAAAUUGGGCAAGAGAAAGAGGAAGAGGCGGAGACUGUGGUGGUGGUGGUGGUGGUGGUGGCGGAGGUCGGAGAAAGGUCGGAGUCCGCGGAAGUAUUACCCGAAACUUCUCCUUCCUCUCCGACUCGUGAGCAGAGUGAGCAGAGUGAAGAGGAAGAGGAAGAGGAAGAGGAAAGGGAAGAGGAAGACCGAGAUAGCCCGCAAAUUGAGCCGCCCGCAGCACCAACAACACCAACAACCACAGCUAUACAUACGGACGUCAAUGGGUCAGUCACGGAGGUGGAGCUGUCGUCGGACACUACCCAAGACAAGCCACCCGCCGACACUCAAGUGCACGAUGAGGAAUCUUCAGAUACCGAGGAUGCCGGAGGUGAUGACGAUUUCGGAGACUUUGCCGAGGAGGCGGAAUUCGAUGACUUUGUUGGAACCGAGCCCGAGGUACAGCCCGAGGCUGUAGCCCCGUCGUCCCCACCUCCGCCGCCGCCGCCGCCCUCAGACGGUGUCCCGGCAUUCAAUAUAGACAUAUCACUCGUCCGCAAACUCUACCCCAUACCGACUAGCUCACCCGAUCCGCCUCCGGUAGAGGGCGAGGUGAUACACACCACUGGAGCACGGAAAGCGUGGUAUCGAUUGACGCAAGACGGAACGCUACGCAAGAAGAACGCUGUAGACGACGACGACUACGUCCGCGUCACCUGGCCUGGGUCAAAUGUGCAAGGCGAGGUGCACAAGAUUGUGGCCAAGUGGCUGACCGAAACACAAAGCACUGGAGGGCAUGGGCGUAAAAGUGUACAGAAUCUGAGUUCCAUGUUUGGAUGGGGAGCUGGGUCGUCGCCGUCGCCGUCGCCGAUAUCAAGUGAGGCCAACAAACGACUUUCUCUCGGUACGCCGAAAAUUGUUCCUGCCUUGCAAACACAUUCCCGACACACCAGUGAGAGCGGGCUGCGUACACCACCUCUACCGCUCAACACGUCAACGGUGCCCCCGUCGAUACAACGAUCAUCCGUCCCUUCACCUCUUACACCUCACUUUGGAUGGGCUAGCUCGAGCAACCAUCCGUCCCCGCUAGCCAAGGCAAGCUUCAGCGGCCACAAUUCACCGUUUGAAAAGUCAAGCUUUGAUGUGCUACCUUUGAGCGCUGCCAACUCAAGGCCUGCAUCUCGGAGAGUCUCAUUGACUCUUGGACGCGGUACGAGGCAAAAUUCGCCCACCGUAGCGUCAUUUGCAUCAUCCGCAAUGGCCAGCGGCCCCCCAACACCAAAGAUGCAAGUGCCAAACGACGUGGCACCUGAGCCUCCGGCCAAAGACGAAAUACCUCCGACUACGCAAGUCACAUCAAGCAUGGACGACUGGGGAAAUAGCUUUGAUAGCUUCAAUAAGCCAUGUACCCCGAGUGUAGCGGUGAAUGCUCAACCUGCAUCGCAAUCCUCGGAUGACUGGGGUGCAUUCGAGGCGCUCGUCUCAACACCAUCAAAGGCAACAACCCCUUUGCCCCGAGAUUCAGGCGAUGGAUGGGCUGCCUUCGAGUCGAUCAAGCCAACGUCCCCUCCAGCACUACCAUCAAGCCCCGCUUCGCCGAUAUCAUCUCGCAAUAGUACAAUCAGCUCCCGACCCGACAGUGUCAUCAGCACGAAAAAACCAGUGGAAAUAGCCAAACAACUACCCCCAGCCCCGGAGACCACCAACAAGCCGCUACCACCACAACCUUCCGCUCUGUCAAUCGCUAUAAAUAAUGAUCACGAUCUGGUUCGCGACGACGAUGAAUGGGGCGAGAUGCAGUCACCAACUAAAUCUGUUGAUAAUACCUCCCGCAUGCAGACGCCAGUGCCCAUGUCGCUUCCAUCUCACUCGGCAAAACCCUCCAUAUCCUCUGACGCUGGUAUGGAUCUGUUUGCAGGGCUUGGUGGGAGUUUAUUCAACGGGCUUGAUGCUUUCUCAACCAACACCUCAACGGUAGCGACGGGCUUGGGCAGCAAUGGCACUGCAUUUAGUUUCGGAGGAUCAGCCACAACCACAUCUAUCACAGCAGCACCAGCAUCAACCGAGUGGGACCUCUCAUUCUUCGACAAGCCAAGUCAACCACCAGCGCCACCACCGCCUGUACGAAAAGAUCUAUGGGAUGCUCCGGUGCCGCCCACCCCGACAAAGGGAAAGAGGGAGAUGGAAGAAGGCGAGAUAAUCAAAAAGAUCAUUGACGGGCUGCCGGAUCUUUCGUAUAUGCUAGCGUAGUUGGAACUGGGAGCGUGCACUAGAAUUUCUUUUAGGUGUUUGUAUGUGUGUAAUUGUUGGGCGUUUGCAUAUCUGAUGGAGUUUUAUUUGUGGACGAUGGGGGGCUUGGAAUAUACCAAAGUAUAUAGCGAAGUGAGAUUCUUGAAGCGCCCUUUAAUAUAGUAUUGAAGAUGACUGUUGGGAUUCUGUUGAAUUUGC